GGAUGUGUUUAUUGUUUUGAAUAUGUAUUUUGUCAUUGGGAUGGUUGUUGAUUUAUAACAUUCCUACUUUUGUACUAGUACUAUUAUCAUGUACGAGUACAUUUUAAAAGUAGCCGUUUCAAUUUCAAAUAAGAUUUUUCAACAAAUGAAUGAUUGCAAAUUAAAAGUGAGCAUAAGAGUAUGCCAAUAGUUCUUGGAAAAGACACGAAUAAAUGAAUGAAUCCGAGAAGAAUACAAUUCAUCCCACCACUUGUUUGGAUGAUGCCUCAUCCGUCGAGUGCGUUUGGACCGGCGCAGGCCUUGAGAAUCGGGCUCCAUACCCACUGGACCAUGAACUUGCGGCCCAUUACCCCCCUCAUGUUGUACGUACUCCCCUUCUGGUCCGUCAAAACCUGCCCAAUGUACCCGCCGCCGCCGCCGGUGCCGUACAACCCCUCGCACAGAUCCCCAAUCUCCGUCGGCGCCGUAGGGUCGUCUCCGGCGUACCACGCGUUCACCAGGGGGUUGGAUGAAAGCUCCGCCAGCUCGUGCGCUAUCACGCUGAUCAUCCCGUCCACACCCACGUCCCCGUUGGGGGCGGUCAACGCGGCGGCCCCCAUGUACCCGGGUACGGAGAACGGGUAGGCGCAAACUUCCGGGCACUGCUUUCCGGAGUUCCCGAUCCAAGCGUAGGGCAGGGUGUAUCCCACCUUGGAGGCGAAGGUGAAGUAAUGGAAUCCGCAAACCGCCCUGCAGAAAUCCUGAACAGUGACGUCGACGGAGGUGAGGACAAGGUAGAUCCCGUUUUUGUGGUCGAUGGAGAAGGGCUUGGAUCGGACCGCCUCCGCAAUGACGUCCUGGAUGGAGAGGCGGGUGAGUUGGAGGCCCUGGGAGUAGCGGCGGUCGGAGUACUCGUCGGCGACGCGGAGGGAGCGGGAUAUGUUUGCGCCGGUCUGGUCGGUGUAGAGAGUGACGGUGGCCCACCACUGGGAGACGGAGGGGGAGGGGGGGUCGGAGGCGGAGAUGGAGCGGAGGAAGUCCUUGAUGAGGAGCUGCUGGGAGGGGGCCCAGCUGCCGUACCAGACAAGAUAGAUGUUAAUCGGAGAUGAGAGGACGGGGCCCAUGUGGUAGCGGAGGUCGACGAGGUCCGAUGAACCCUCGUACUUGUUGGACACCGUGAAUGCUCUGGUCGGAAGCUUUGGAUUUGAAAUCCCACUCCCCCCUGGUCUGCCGCGUGAAGCAGACUGGACCGGAUAGGCCGAUACAGCUAAGAAGAAGAAGAACAAACAGAACAAGAGCGAUGCAGUGUUACCGGUCAUAAUGUAGAGCAGAGCGAAAGAGGUGGGGUGCAUCAG